GCAGCCAAGGAGAGGAGUGGGGGAGUGGGAGUGUGUGGGGGUUGAGGUUACUUAGGAGGCGGACCUAACGCGACCCCCACAGCUUGGAUGAAAUUUUUUUUUUACGAUGCUGACCAUUUCCCAAAACGCACUUUAGCCGUCGCGUUUGGGGAGAGUCUGUGCGUAAAAAGCCGCGCGCCAGCGUGUAGAAAUCAUAGAUCAGAAUAGAGAUUAAAGAGGAGAGCAGCGCUCAUCUCCACAUCAAACCCUGGUUCAGACUCGGAUUUAGACUGAAACCUUUGUAAGAAGAUUCUUUGGUUCACAUCAAACCCACUCAGACCAAAGAGAGUCCGGCAUCUCUGAAGAUGGAGCCCUCUCAGUCAGAGAUGAACAUAUUAGCUAACGGGAAAAUCCACGAUCUUGGAGAUGACUUGGUUGUGACGAUGAAGACGCUGCUCGGCGAGGAUCAAUAUGAUGACACAGAGGGCGGACUGGAGAGUGAGAAGUUUUUGCCCAGUGCAGAUGGAAAGAAGCCUGUACGCUUCACUGAUUUUGAAGGAAAGACGUCUUUCGGCAUGUCAGUCUUCAACCUGGGCAACGCUAUCAUGGGCAGUGGUAUCCUUGGACUGGCUUAUGCCAUGGCCAACACUGGCAUACUACUCUUCUUAUUCCUUCUGACUGCAGUUGCACUCUUAUCAUGUUACUCCAUUCACCUAAUGCUUAAAACCUCCGGCAUUGUGGGAAUUCGAGCUUAUGAGGAGCUGGGGUACAGGGCCUUUGGUACUCCUGGAAAAAUGGCUGCUGGAAUAGCAAUUACUCUGCAGAAUAUUGGAGCCAUGUCCAGCUACCUGUACAUCGUUAAAUCCGAGUUACCGCUGGUCAUCCAAGCAUUCCUGAAGGCAGAUCCCAAUUCCGAUGUGUGGUACCUGAAUGGCAACUACCUGGUUGUCAUGGUCUCUGCUAGUGUCAUCCUGCCCCUCGCGCUAAUGAAGCAGCUUGGUUACCUGGGCUACACCAGCGGAUUUUCUCUCAGCUGUAUGGUGUUUUUCCUCACUGCAGUUACCUACAAGAAGUUUCAGAUCCCUUGCCCUUUUGAAGAGUUUUCAGUAAACGGCACUGAUGCUCACCUCAGCCUGAAUGUAUCAGACCAGAUUAAUGGAUACAGUAAUAGUUUGGUGCACGAAGAGAAUGGCUCCCACUGCACCCCACGCAUGUUCACCAUCAACUCACAGACCGCAUACACAAUCCCAAUCUUGGCUUUCGCCUUCGUCUGCCACCCUGAGGUUCUGCCCAUCUACACCGAGCUCCGCAAUCCAACAAAGAAGAAAAUGCAAAAAGUGUCCAAUGUCUCCAUCUUUGUCAUGUACAGCAUGUACUUUCUGGCAGCUCUCUUUGGCUACUUGACCUUUUAUGAGAAUGUGGAGCCUGAACUGCUGCACACGUACAGCCGCAUUGACCCCUACGACACUUUGAUCCUUUGUGUCCGUGUGGCCGUCCUCACUGCUGUGACUCUGACUGUCCCUAUUGUGUUGUUCCCUGUCCGUAGAGCCAUCCAGCACAUGAUAUUCCCCAGCAAGUCUUUCAACUGGUUACGUCACAUCUCCAUCGCUCUCAUUCUGCUCAUGUUCAUCAACAUGCUGGUGAUAUUUGCUCCCAACAUUCUGGGCAUCUUCGGCAUCAUUGGUGCCACUUCGGCUCCCUGCCUCAUCUUCAUUUUCCCUGCUGUCUUCUACAUCCGCAUCGUGCCAAGAGAGGACGAACCCUUGACUUCUCUUCCUAAGAUAAUAGCUUUGUGCUUUACUGCUAUGGGCGUCUCCUUCAUGGUGAUGAGUCUGAGCUUCAUCUUCAUGGACUGGACUUCAGGGACCAGCCGUGCUGCUGGAGGUCACUAAUUACCGUUUUAAUGUGUGCGCUUUCAGUGGAGGGGAUAUAAUGUGUUCAGUAAAGGGAGCACUAUCCUGUCGCCUUGGUAUAGACUCUCCAGCUCAGCUCAAACUCAAAGUGGUCAAAUUAUUUCUUUGGCUGUAACUUAAAGGCCCAGUGUGUGAUAUUUUUACCUGUUAACUAUCAAAUCCUGUUUCCAGUUCAUAAACUUAUCCUUUUUCACCAAUAUUUCAUACCAACAUCAAUUCUAAAUAGUCCUCUCAACUUGAAAUUAUACAUUUUUAUAUACAUAAACUGGUUGAGGCUCCAUGGUCAUCCACCAUCUUAAAAUACAGUAGCUGUUUAGGGACAUACGAGCUCAACGUUACCCGUUUGGACUAUGACUGUAACCUGAAAUAACCAGCAGAGGGCAGCAGUGCGCCCUGGAAGCUUGAAGUCUGCUAAUUCAACUAAGAAAUAUAAAACGAAUAGCUACACCGUUGCUGUACUUGUUAGUUUGAAUAAAAUAACAAUUAAAUCAAAAGACACAUAAAAUUUGUCAGUUCGUCAUCAUGUCCAACACAACGUUACUGCAUAUGUUCAGAUCUCCACUCGCUUAUAUCUGAACGCCAGUCUCCGAUUAGUGCCCCUGACUCCCAAACUCAUCUCAAGUUGUUCAUUCGUCUUUUCCUAGUACCAGAACUCCCGAUCCGGUCCGAACGUGUCCUUUCCAAAGUCCUUUUACUCAAGUCUCCUCUCUUCCCGCAGCCUGCCGUCUCUCCCAACACGCACCAGUGCUCGUUCGCUAGCCAGUGGCUAAAUCAGCAAUGUUUACUCUAUCUCCACAACACUCUACUAAUGGCGAUGUAGUUCUCCACACGUUACAGAGACGCUCCGACACAGAGGGCUUCUUCUCAAACAUUACCUUGGGUCUCCUUUUGCUGGUAAUUCGUGGGAGUUUACACACAGCGUACAAAGCGUGUCCCCGGCUAUAGCCAUGGCUAAUUAGUAGCUCAUGAUGCCCAUCUCCACCUUGCCAGCCAUGAGCUACGAUUAGCUGGUGGGUAAGUCAGCAUUGUUUACUUGAUAUCCAGCAUGUCCCCGGCCCACCAACACUCCUUCACCAGCCGUGGUUAACGAGCAGCUAGUGAUCGCUCCAUAGAUGGUAGCGGCAGCCAGUUUGUUUACAUUGAGUGCACCAUGAGCCGCGUGAAACGGGUGUUGUGGGAAAUUAUGUUCUCCUGAAAUAUUCUGUUUCCCUUAGGCAGUCAAGAGCAAAUAUUUCCAAAUUCACAGAACUGAUUGUUCAUUAUGAGGAAUUAAAAAACCUAAAAUAAAAGAUGGCUAAACUGAGU